AGGGGAUUGUCUUUCUCCAUAGUAGAGACAGGCUGGUCAUUUGCCAAUUCGCUGUACCGGACGGAGUUGAAACUCAUGGCGAAGAAGCGCGUAUCAUACUUCUACCACCGUACGUGGACGACCCCAAGGCCGUAGAGCAAUCUACUAAUCAAUACAUUGAGCAGCGGAGGUGGGCCACUUUUACUAUGGCCCGGGACACCCUAUGAAGCCCCAUCGGAUGAAGCUAGCGCAUUACCUGGUUGUCAACUACGACCUGUACCAGAAGAUGGACGUCUUUGUACGGCAGAACUGAAGAACUGGACGUGACGAAUGAAAACUAAAGGGCUUUACCUUGAUGUAGGAGCCGCACUGGGCGUCUGCGGACGAGAUGAAGGUGUUCCACGCGCCAGACUACAUUGAGUUCCUACAACGAGUGAGUCCGGCGAAUCAACGGGACAUGGCGAUGGACAUGACGAAAUAUAACUUUGGAGAGACGAGCGACACGGAUUGCCCCGUGUUUGACGGCGUGUUCGACUUUUGCCAAAUCUACACUGGAGGAACUCUAGAUGCGGUGGUGCGUCUGAACUUCGGACUGUGCGAUAUUGCGAUCAACUGGUCUGGAGGCCUCCACCACGCGAAGAAGGCUUCAGGGUCGGGAUUUUGCUACGUGAAUGACAUCGUGCUGGGUAUUCUAGAGCUGCUCAAAUACCACCCUCGUGUGCUGUAUAUCGACAUCGACGCACACCAUGGUGACGGCGUGGAGGAAGCCUUCUACGUCACAGACCGCGUGAUGACGGUAUCGUUCCACAAAUAUGGCGACUACUUUCCAGGCACCGGUGAUAUUAAGGAUAUUGGUGCGAAGAAUGGGAAAUAUUACGCCGUGAACUUCCCACUACACAGUGGAAUGGACGACGACAGCUACGAAAGUAUAUUCAAACCGGUGAUUGAGAAAGUGAUGGAGACUUUUUGUCCCUCUGCAGUGGUGCUUCAGUGUGGUGCAGACUCACUGACAGGCGAUCGUCUCGGCUGCUUCAACGUAACUACACGAGGCCAUGGCGAGUGCGUCCGCUUCGUGAAAGGCUUCGGUCUUCCGAUGCUUGUGUUGGGCGGUGGUGGCUAUAGAAUUCGCAAUGUUUCCCGUGCGUGGGCCUACGAGACGUCCGUUCUGGUGAACCAGGACGUAUCCAACAAUAUUCCGUACAACGACUACUUUGAGUUCUACUCGCCAGAUUUCAAACUGCAUCUGGUCCCCGACAAAGAUCUCAAGAACGACAACACUAGGGAGUAUCUGGAAACCCACAAGAUCAAAAUCUUUGAGAAUCUACGCUCACUUACAGGCGCUCCAAGCGUGCAGAUGCAUCAACCGCCCCCUGUCCGGAUGCUGCGAGAGGAAGACGAAGAUGCAGUCGACCCAGAUCUUAGAUCUGAAAACGACGGGAAACACCAGCACGAGGCGGAAUUUUAUCACGACGAACACGACCAAGACAACAAUGAAGUACCCGAAGCACCAGACGUUGUCCCCAUGGACGUCGACAACUAAAAACAUAAUGAACGUGAACUUAAGUUUUGAGGUGUAAACUUCUCGCCAUGGAUUGGUGUGGGAUAUCUGCUUCAAGAUGUGCCAUACAAAAGUUA